UAAAAUGGAUCCGUUAACCGUGUCCGAAAAAUCUCUCUAAAUCCUUCGCUAACCUUUUACUAUGUGCUCCAGCUCAACCUGCUGUUUGGCCGUCUCUCCCAACCUAAACCGCGUUUUUUCUUUUCACUACCCAGAUAGAUCUAACCGACCCUUCAACCUCCCCUUCCCCAACUUGAUCCAUCCUCCAAUGUUCGCUCUGUAGGUUGAUCGAUCGCUGCAGCUACUUCAUCGAUCUCUCCCUCCGUUCAAUUGUUUGAUUCGACGGACCACCGAGGAAGAUGAUAGAGAGGUGCUUGGGAGGUCGAAGAGCGCGGCAGAUCCAGAGGGGUCUCCGCCAUUGCAAGGUCACCUUCCUGUGUCUCGUCAUGACCGUCGUCGUCCUCCGCGGCACCAUCGGCGCCGGCAAGUUCGGCACUCCCGAGCAGGAUUUCAUAGAGAUUCGCGACCAUUUCUACUCCCGCAAGCGCGCUCAGCCACAGCCCCAUCGCGUUCUUGAAGAAGUCGAAACCACUUCGUCUUCGUCUUCUUCUUCUUCUUCUUCUUCUUCUUCGUCGUCGUCGGAAUCUAACAACUACGCCAACUUCGAUCUUGCCAAGCUGUUGGUGGAUGAAGGAGAAGACGACAAGCGGGAUCCGAACAAGCCGUAUAGUCUGGGGCCCAAGAUCUCGGACUGGGACGAGCAGAGAGCGCAAUGGCUGGAGCGCAACCCUAAUUUCCCCAAUUUUGUUGGUCCCAAUAAGCCUAGGGUUCUGCUUGUCACCGGGUCCUCGCCAAAGCCGUGUGAAAACCCUGUCGGUGAUCAUUACCUCCUGAAGUCGAUCAAGAACAAGAUCGAUUACUGUCGGCUUCACGGGAUUGAGGUUUUUUACAACAUGGCUCUUCUGGACGCCGAAAUGGCCGGGUUUUGGGCGAAGCUGCCGCUGAUUCGGAAGCUUCUGCUGUCCCACCCUGAAAUCGAGUUUCUGUGGUGGAUGGAUAGUGAUGCCAUGUUCACCGACAUGGCGUUUGAGGUCCCAUGGGAGAGGUACAAAGAUCACAACUUUGUGAUGCACGGUUGGAAUGAGAUGGUGUAUGAUCAGAAGAACUGGAUUGGGUUGAACACAGGUAGUUUUUUGCUAAGGAAUUGUCAGUGGUCGCUUGACAUUCUCGACGCUUGGGCUCCCAUGGGACCGAAAGGGACAAUUAGGACUGAAGCUGGGAAGAUCUUGACCAGAGAGCUCAAGGACAGACCCGUGUUCGAAGCUGAUGAUCAGUCUGCAAUGGUGUAUCUCUUGAUGAAGGGGAGGGAGAAGUGGGGCGAUAAGGUGUAUCUGGAGAGUGCGUAUUACUUGCACGGAUAUUGGGGAAUUUUGGUGGACAGGUAUGAGGAAAUGAUUGAGAACUACCAUCCUGGUUUGGGCGACCAUCGAUGGCCAUUGGUGACGCAUUUUGUGGGUUGCAAGCCCUGUGGGAAGUUUGGGGAUUACCCAGUUGAGAGAUGUUUGAAGCAGAUGGAUCGAGCUUUCAAUUUUGGGGACAAUCAGAUUCUUCAGAUGUAUGGUUUUACGCACAAAUCAUUGGCCAGUCGAAGGGUCAAGAGAACGCGAAAUGAGACGGACAACCCGCUCGAAGUUAAAGAUGAACUUGGAUUGCUCCAUCCUGCCUUCAAAGCUGUCAAGGUAUCCCUUUCGCAAUGAAAAACAGGGAACCGAAAAACAAAAAACUGGACUCCCCUGAGUGAUCGCUUCCUUGUAUGUUGUCAUAAGAUAAUGCACUCGGCUGUUGUGUAUGCUGUUGCUACGAAUGUCUUGUUCUAGGCCUGGACAUAGUAUUCUUUUGUUUCUUGUUGGCAUUUAAAUUAUAAAUUUGUAAUGCUUUCGGAAGGAAAAAAAUGUUCCAUUUUCUGUUUGCA